AUGUGCUUUAGAAUUUUUUGUAGUGUAGGAUCCAAAUCUCCACUUACCCCUGUUUUGAGUCUCACCUUUGACCAGGUGACUGCAUUUGACAGAGGUGGCAUUACAGUUGCACAUAAAACCUUCUUGGAUCCUAAUGCUGUUCUGCUACCUGGAUGUGACAAUUGGGAAGUUUGUGAGAGAUUUCCAAUUAAUUUCAAUGGUACCAGUCAACAGAUACCUGAUCAAUUUGAAAAGGUGGACUUGGAGAACCAUUUCCUACAGAACAAGGUGGAUCCAAAUAUUGUCCUUCAUGCCUCUGUUUCCAUCAGAAAGUGGAGCUCCUCAAGAGGGGAAGUAAGCAAUGGAAGUCAGACUGCGCCGUCGAUCCUGUGGCCUGCGGCCAGUGUGUGGCUGAUCACGAAGACUGGAAUGAUCCUGAGCCGGGCGAUAACACAGGGCUGCCUAGCUAUUGGUCAUCCAAUCAGAGUCAAGGCUGCUGAGGGAACAUCACUAGAAGGAUAUAAAUUAAUCCUACAGAAAAGACAUAAAGGAGAUAAUUCUCAGAAGUGGGUGUUUGGAACUGACAGCUGCAUUUAUUCUAAGGCUUAUCCUCAGUUUGUUCUGACCUACCUAGAGGAGCUAACUGCACAAGUGGAUGUGACCCAGAGAGAGUAUCACAUUCAUCAUGGUGCCCGGACUACAACUCAUCAGGAACAUGGUAGCAGCUUAGCAGAAGAGGUCCUGCAAGAAAGUGCCAGCAUCCCGGGUCUGAAGCAACUGCCAGAGCCUUCAGACACCCAUUUAAUGCCAGAAGGUUCUCUUGGGGAGACAAGGCAGCUGACAGUGGCACUGGUGAGGAAACUGGAAGAGAAACAUCCUAAGGCUUCUGCUCAGAGGUAGGGCACUGACAGAACGGAGCUUUAUUGCUCAAUGACAUUCGA